AUGGAGUACCCUGCAUUGCUCAGCGACAGCGAAAGCAGUGGCGAUGACGACUUUGUCAUCGCCCUGAUCCUUCGUAACAUGUCAGCUGCGAGCGAUCAUUCACGGCGAUGGCGCCAAGGCUCCCGCCGAGGCAAGAAGCCCAACAUAGAACGCAAUCGUGCACAGUACGACAAGCUGUUGAUGGCGGAUUACUUCAACCCAGUGCCAACGUACGACGCCAGCCAUUUUAGACGACGAUUUCGUAUGCGAAAGAGCCUUUUCCUUCAAAUCGCACACGAUCUUGCGCAACAUGAUCCAUAUUUUCAACAGAAACCUGACGUCACAGGACGAAAUGGUUUCUCAUCUUUGCAAAAGGUUGCUGCGUGUGUCCGAUACCUUGCAACGGGAUGUUCGCUCGACGACUUGGACGACAGGUACUAA